AUGGUUGAUCAAAAUAAGGGAGUAAAACAUAUUUACAGAUUAGUUAGUCAAAUUAAAAAUAUUGGACCAACAAGUAACGCACCAUAUAAAUUUAUUGUUGAGUCAACACCUUUUGAUGAUGAAAGUGAACCAUCAUCAUCGGACGAGUGUAUUAUUACUGGUCGAAUAUUGCCAAAUUCUGAUCUUUUCAAACACGGUUCUCUUCGAGUACAAAUAGUAUUAGGAGCACAAUUUCCAUUUAAACCACCAAAAGUAUUUGUUAAACAUCCAAUGUAUCAUCCUAAUAUUGAGAAAAAUGGUGAAGUGUGCACUAAUCUCUUGGUUAAUGAUGCUGCAUGGACACCAACAACAACUUUACUCCAGGUUAUUGAAGACGUAACUAACAUUAUUGAUAAACCUAGCACAGAUCAAAUUAAACAUCCUGAAGCAGGUCAUUUAUUUGAUACUGAUAAAAAACAAUAUGAACGUAUAGCAUUAGAAAUGUUUAACAAGCAUUGUUUACCACGAAAUUGA